GAAAAAAAGUACAAGAAAAGCAAGACUUCCUCGUUGCCUUCUCUUUAAAAAGCAACAGCCGAUGAACACGUGUUGGAGCGCUCUCGCCUUGACAGAAUUAGAGAUCUUCAGAAUCACUUGGCGUGGUGGUCGAAGCGUCUAGCCCUAGCUCAUUAGGGUGCCACAGUUUCUCGGCCCACAAGUCAGCUUUUAACCACUUCUCUCCGCAAAAGGCCGGACCGGUCUUCAUGCGUUAACUAAAGCAAGCGUCUGGUCCCGUGUGUGAAACGUGUAAGUUCAUGGCAUCAGGGAAUACCCACCGCGCGUACCGUAAUAGAAGAGGGCGAGGUUCCUCACCUAACCCAUAAUGCUCAGCUCGCCUUUCCGGAAGCAAGCACUAUCACCCCGACAAUGCCUUCAUCCGGGCGGAAGCGUCUCACCCUGAGUCUGAUUUGGCAGUGACGAAGCGAGGUAUUGUGGGACUUUGUCCGUCUCCCAGUACGCAUGUGCCUCAGCCGGCCUCUCCCGGCUCCUGGGGCCACGUCCGGGCGGUGGCGUCGUCGAGAGAUGCACGUCAGCGAAACUGGCCAAUCCCCUGCUUGCGCAAGCGCAGUGGCUCGGGCGCACCGGAAGCGCAGGGGGAUGGGGUGGCGGUGACGCGAUUCUGUCCGCGUUGGAGGGGCCGGGCCGCUGCUGGAGUCGCCGCGGCCGCCGCGUGACGUGGCACAGCGAGAGCCUAAAGGCUAGAGCCGGAGCUGCCGCGCCAGUCGCCUAGCAGGUCCUCUACCGGCUUAUUCCUGUGCCGGAUCUUCAUCGGCACAGGGGCCACCGAGACGUUUCUGCCUCCCUCUUUCUUCCUCCGCUCUUUCUCUUCCCUCUCGUUUAGUUUGCCUGGGAGCUUGAAAGGAGAAAGCACGGGGUCGCCCCAAACCUCUUCUGCUUCUGCCCAUCACAAGUGCCACUACCGCCAUGGGCCUCACUAUCUCCUCCCUCUUCUCCCGACUAUUUGGCAAGAAGCAGAUGCGCAUUUUGAUGGUUGGAUUGGAUGCUGCUGGCAAGACAACCAUUCUGUAUAAACUGAAGUUAGGGGAGAUAGUCACCACCAUUCCUACCAUUGGUUUUAAUGUGGAAACAGUAGAAUAUAAGAACAUUUGUUUCACAGUAUGGGAUGUUGGUGGUCAAGAUAGAAUUAGGCCUCUCUGGAAGCAUUACUUCCAGAAUACCCAGGGUCUUAUUUUUGUGGUAGAUAGCAAUGAUCGUGAAAGAAUUCAGGAAGUAGCAGAUGAGCUGCAGAAAAUGCUUCUGGUAGAUGAGUUGAGAGAUGCAGUGCUGCUACUUUUUGCAAACAAACAGGAUUUGCCAAAUGCUAUGGCCAUCAGUGAAAUGACAGAUAAACUAGGGCUUCAGUCUCUUCGUAACAGAACAUGGUAUGUUCAAGCCACUUGUGCAACACAAGGAACUGGUCUGUAUGAAGGACUUGACUGGCUGUCAAAUGAGCUUUCAAAACGUUAAAUGAAAUUGGAUAUCUAACCAAGGACAUGUUUGAUAAAAUUGGUCUAGGCUUGUUACAACAAAAUUAGUUUGUAUCUUGGUUAUUAAACAGUAUCUGGGACUGGUUUGGGCAGAAUAUUAAACUUAUUUUGUUGCCAAUUAUUGUUUACCGAGUAUAAUGUUGCUAUUUAGCAAUGUGCUUGGUUUUAAAGAAAUUCUCCUUGGGAAAAAAGUAUCCUCUUUUAAUUUUACUUCCCAUAAGUGUAAAUGCCUGGACAUAGCUCUUGUGAAACCUUUAAAUAAAUUGUUUUGAGUGUUUUUUGAGCCCCAGACAAAUAAUGUUUUAAAGUUAUCCCCUUGCUACUUUACUGAUACCUUUAUCAUUCCUGAGACAGUUUGCUAAUUUAAAAAUGUAGCAUUCCAUUUGUAUUUAUUUCUCUCCCUUGCCAAAAAGAUUUUCUAAUACUGCUUGUACCAGCCAGAGAAAGAUCCAAAACACUACUCAGCUCUCUUGCACUGAGGAAAUUUUUCCCCCUACAUUGACUCCUGGCCUACAUCAGCCAAACUUAACCUUGGUGGGGUUUGGAUUUGAUAGCCAAUUAGUUCUGUGCUGGUUGCAAAGAAUUGCUAUUUAGAUGGUUUUUAAUACUCAGCAGAUUGUCUUCCUUUAUAUUGUGUCUUUUUUAUGUUGCAUGUUGCUUUUGUUAUCAGCCUGAUUUUUUGCUCAGUAUAUGAUAGUUCUGCUGAUGUUUUGUUUAUUGGGCAGACAUAUCUUCAUUAAGAGUUUUUGGAAAACUCAUCAAAUUCGAUGAAUACAUUUUCUUCAUAACCCAUUUGGAAUUAUUCCUAAUAAAAUGAUAAAAUACGUAA